UUUUGUUUUAAGGAAACGUUAACACACGUAUUAAUUGAAUGUCACGAGGCUGCCAGGAGAAAAGCUCCCAGUAAAUAAAAAUGUGACAUUUUACUUGGGCAAAGCCUCAGUUCUUCACUAAAGGCUCCUUGCUCAGUGCCAGAAAGCCUCACUCCUUUUGCCAUCCACUUUGGAGAAUGAAUAAAUUCAGGCAAAUCAGGAGCAGGGCAAAUCUGGAGAAAUUACAAAGGGGAGGAGUUCACCUUCCUGCUAUGGCUUUCAGGUCUGUCCUGGACUACUUACUCCAGUAUAAAACUGAGAGCAGAAAUAUGAUCACAUCCCGAGGAGUCUGAUCAAUUCUGGUUUCAACACUGAGCCUAUUUAAGCUAGAGAAUGGAAUUGCUGCUCCUUGCUCUGUCCUGCCUGCACGUUCUCAAGACAGAGGCAGUAGUGGGCCACUGGUGCUAUCGGUCCCAGAAGUGUGAGCAGCCACAGUGUGAAGAUCCCGCUCAGUGGCACAACAUCAACGCGGCGUGCAGAGGGGACAGCCAGUCCCCUGUCAACAUUGUCACCCGAAAUGUGGUUUAUGACAAGAGCCUCAAGCCCCUGGCUUUUGAAGGGUACGAUGUCAAGGGCUCUGCCAAGUGGGACCUGGAGAACAACGGGCACACAGUUAAAGUGGCACUGGACACAUCCCCUAAAGUCGGAGGAGGAGGCCUGGGGAUAAAAUACAAGGCAGUAGAAUUCCAUUUGCACUGGGGAGUCCCAGGUGAGCCACGAAACUUCCCUGGCUCAGAGCACAGCAUAGAUGGAGAGAAAUACCCCAUGGAGCUUCAUGUCGUCCACAUAAGGGAAGAUGCUUCGGAUGUGACAGAAGCCAAGAAAAGCCCAGAUGGUUUGGCUGUGUUGGCCUUCUUUAUAAAGGCUGACGAAGAAAAUAAAAACUAUGAAACUCUACUGAGCGCAUUAAAGGACAUUAAAUACAAAGGGGAUAAAGUAAAGGUGGAACCUUUGCCACUGAGCUCUCUCCUCCCACCUGAGGAAGACCUUGGGAGGUACUACCGCUACCAGGGGUCCCUCACCAGCCCUGACUGCCACCAGGGCGUCAUCUGGACGGUCUUUGAGAAGCCGGUGGAGCUCAGCGUGCUGCAGCUGUCCCGCUUCGCGGCCCUGCACUUUGACGGCAAGAACUCCACGCCCAUGAUGGAGAAUUUCCGACCCGUGCAGCCCCUGAACGGGCGCGAGGUGCUGUGGUCGCGGGCCAGUGUCACCCUGCCCACGGCGCGGCUGCUGCUGGCCCUGCCUCUGGCCUGCACCCUCAUUUCUCUGGCCCUCUGAGCCUUCCCCGCCUCAUUCAUCGUCCUGGGCCUUCACUUCUUGGUAUUUUUGCUGUUCUUUGUCUCAGCCUCUCGUGAAUUUUGUCCCAGUACAGCCUUGUCCUCCUCCAGACGUGAACCAAGGGCUUCCGUGCUGCUCUGGUGAAACCCAAAGCACCAGAACUCAAAGGAACCAGGAGAUAAAGCAAUGAAACCCAAAGCACCAGAACUCAAAGGAACCGGGAGAUAAAGCAAUGAAACCCAAAGCACCAGAACUCAAAG